UAAUUGGUAUUUCGUUUUGUCAUUUGAAAUUUCACAAUGGCGUCUCCUCCCACGGAUCCGAAGGCUCCGUCGCCACCUCCUCCAAGUCAGGUUCCUAGCAAGAUGGAACGAAGAAUGUCUCAUUUCAAAGAGUACAAGUUCUUCAGAAGUUUCAGUGCGAAAGUUGAAAAUUGGCCGAUGCGUAAAGCGGAGCAACUUUGGCGGAAAAUGCGAGAAAGAAAAAUUGCAGAGAUCGAAGCAGCCGAGGCUUGCAAAUGGCUAAGAGCGGCCGGUUUCCCGCAGUAUGCACAGAUGUACGAAGAUCUCCAAUUCCCCAUAGACGUGUCAGGAGUACAGAACGACCAUCCGUUCUUGGACGCGGAUUCCCUCCAGUCGCUGUUCAGGAGACUCACCGCUCUCAACCGAUGCGCCAAUAUGAAACUAGAGCACCACCAUCAUCAGAAGAGAUCGAACGACUCUGACGAUGAGCAAUGCGCGCUGAGUGAUAAAUGGCAGUACGAGAGAAAGUCUAGAAGGUGGUCAAGAGUCGUCGAAAUCACCCCACAAGCUCAAAGAAGAUUACAGGUGAUAGCAGCAAGAGCUUUAGCUGAGCGCGAAGCAAGAGAAGCCAGAGGUGAAGUGGAAGAUGAUGAAGACGAGACUCUGCCCACCAUCAGGGUGGGACUGGUGGACGCUGAUGGACAUUACACUGACGUUGAGCCGGAUCUUUUAAACAUUCCUGGUCAACCAGUAAUUCAGUUACCAAGCGACAAAGAAGAUGAAGAAGAAACGGGUACCCGUUUCCGAAGAACCGGCUCGGAAAGACUACGCGAUGGAGCCAAAGCAUUGCUUCGUAGAGUCGAAUCACUUAAGACUAGGAGAAGAAAACGCCAAAACAGAACCGAAGUUAUCGUAUCUUCGCCCCACUUUCUAGAUGUACAAACCGACCAGUACCCAGAUCUGAACUAUAUUGAUAUGACACCGACCUCGCCAACAGCAUUCCCGUUCCCCGAUUUCCAUAGUUCACCAGCACACGCUGGUAUCCGAACUCAACCCCCUUCUCCUAUGACCAUAAUGCCUCCAUCACCGAUAGCUCCUCUAGAACAAUCCUUCGUCCUGAACCCUCCGUUCGGCGAUGACAGUUCUUCAUACGCGUCAGAUGGCAGCAUGAGUUCUAGUAACAAGAGCUCCAAGUCGAAACUCGGCCGAGCCAAAAGGAUAUUUAACAGAGGGCUCAAGAGUGAUGAUUCAAGUGCUUUAAGUGAUUCAGAAUGUCAGCCGGCUAGUUGGAGACAUAAUUAUUACAAAGAAAUCAACACCCACAACACCGAGGUAUAUGUUGAACCACCAUCACCAGUAGAGCUAAAAGCGGAUCCUGAAAUAUUGCGGGAAGUACAAAAAUCUCCAGGACACACCCCGCAUAGACGACAAGCAAUAAGGACGAGUUCAUUGAACCUAGGAAAGGAAGGACAAAAAUUCCGCGACAGAAGUCUGAAAAGGGACAAAUCAGCAUCAAGGAGCUCUGAGCUUGACAGCAGUCCAAAUUCUGCCGGUUCCAGGUCUCAUGAUGGCGAUCAAGACGAUGACGAUGAUAGUCUCGAUCUGAAGAGUAAAAAGAGCAGUAUACAAAGAUGGUAUUCCUUCCGUACUGGUGCCCUAAACGGAGGACCGAAAGCCAACAAUACUCUUCAGCCUGCGCCGAAUCAAAAAGACCCUGACUCAUACUUAUCGCGACCAAUGGCUUCAUUAUCCUGCGGACAAUUACAUAUCUUGAGGAAGCUGGCUCUUCUAAGAUUAACCGCCUGCAUGGAGAGAUACUGCCCAUCACAUAAAUCCGGCUGGAAUUGGGAGCUACCGAAACUUAUACGGAAAAUCAAAACUCCUGAUUAUAAAGAUAAAACAGUAUUUGGUGUACCCCUGACUGUGUCACUGCAAAGGACUGGACACGCACUCCCCAAACCGAUCCAGUGUGCUUUGAACUGGCUGAAAACCAAUGCUUUAGAUCAGAUGGGCAUAUUCAGGAAGGCCGGAGUGAAAUCAAGGAUUGCAAAACUUCGUAGCGUUGUCGAAGCAGCCGGUGCAGCUAAUGCCGCAUUCGCUAUAGAGAACAUGAACACCAUCGAUCAGAACCAGUCAAGCUUGAACUUCGAUGGUGCUCAGGCUCAUGACGUCGCGGACAUGGUUAAGCAAUACUUCAGGGAACUACCCGAUGCAUUGCUCACAAAUAAACUCAGCGAAACUUUUAUUGCUAUUUUUCAACAUGUCCCUGAACCUCUUCGUCCUGAUGCAGUGCAAUGUGCAUUACUACUGCUGCCCGAAGAGCACUUGGAGGCUUUGCAUUCACUACUCAUAUUUCUUUCUGACGUAGCCGAACAUUCCGCGGUGAAUCAAAUGACAGCAUCGAAUUUGGCUGUUUGUCUGGCACCAACAUUACUGAGGCUGCAUCACGCUCCACCGCAGACUGGGAGCACUAAAGAAGGGAAUUCUAACAGGAUGGUGAUAGAAAGCGUAGCGGAUCAAAGGCAGAUCAGCGAGAGCCGGGCAGCCCACGCUUGCUUACUGCUGUUGAUACAGAAACACACGCAAUUGUUUCUGGCUCCAGCUGACAUGCUGGCCAGAUGCAAAUUCAACUACUUCGAAGAGAGUGUACCGGUGUCAUUAGAAGAAUUGGGAGCUGAUUUCAAUCAAGACUGGAAAGGUUUUCAGCAGGCCUGCAUCAAAGCUUUAAUCAAAGAAGCCAAAGAAAAAACAAGAGGAUGGAUGUCAGUUUCUGGUGCGGCGCCGCAUGUGGAGCUCUGCUGUAAGAAAGUGGGAGACGGUCAUCCACUCAGAUUGUGGAGGGCGACUACAGACGUGGAAGCCCCGCCACAGGAGGUAGUUCAAAGAAUCCUCCGCGAGCGGCAUAUUUGGGAUGAUUCGCUAGUGAAGUGGAGGAUUGCAGAAAAACUUGGUGCCAACGCCGAAGUGUUCCAAUACGUAUCGGCUUCCUGCAUAAAUCUCCCGCCGCGGGAGUACUGCGUUUUGCGGUCGUGGCAGCAAAGCAGUGGUGGGAGCGGCAGCGGGGGUGGGGGCGGGGGCGGGUGGUGCGCCGUGGCGGAGACGUCGGUGGCGCACGGCGCGGCGCCCGCGUGCGGCCCGCGCGGCGUGGUGCUCGCCUCCCGGUACCUCGCGCAGCCGGCCGGCAAGGGGCGCAGCCGCCUCGUGCACCUGGCCAGGGUCGACACCAUGGGUCGAACGCCAGAAUGGUACAAUAAAUGCUACGGGCAUAUCUGCGCCCUGUACUUGGCCAGGAUUCGGGCCUCGUUCAAGCACAACACGGAAGGCCCGGAAUCCAACGUAUGAUCCAAGCAUUCCACUUAAGCCAACCCUGGCUUAAGUAGGCGUGGUGACGUCAUCUGUGCGUGAAACGGACUCUAAGGUGAACGGAAUAAGGUCGAUAAUUUCAAUGGGGCCGCUAUCGAUAUAUAUUUAAAUAACAAUAGCGUCGGACCUAGUAGUGGUGUUAAAUGUUAUGUUUUAAUUUUAAAAUGUGUUGUACAAAUUUUACCUAAAAUACUUCUCAAUGUAUGUUCGUGAGUGUUUUAAAUAUUAAAUUAUCGAUAUUCGUGACCAAAAUUUUUAAUCGAUUAUCCGAUUGUUUUUAAUCUCGUUACGAUAAAUGUUGAUGUUAUCGCAUAUCGCAUGCGUAUAUUUAAUUCAUCUCUUUGGGAUUCAAGUUCGUAUUAAGAUUUAAGAUUUAAAAUGCAUAAUAUUAGAUUAAAUUUAUAUAUAUAUAUAUCUAAACAUUUAACUACCUCCAUUUUAAAUGUUUUGGAUCCUUGUUAUCCCGUGAAGGGAGCCACCAAAAAGCCUGAAUUAUUUGAGAUAUAUUUAGUAAAUUUAGUUGGAGAAACCCUAUGGUGCGUUGUAAAUAUUUUAUUAAUGCAAUAUGUAUUUCUAUGUCUGAAAAGUAUAUCGUAGUGUUGAUGUGGAUGUAUUUCAUAUCGACAAAAAUAAUUGUUAGAAUUUAAUAAACUCGAACCUU